AUGCAAUACAUCGAUGAAAAUGAUAUGGGAUAAAAAAGUAGAGUGCCUCGUCUAAGUAUGGGGGAGAGAUGUUUUGGAAAGGAUUUAUCUAAUUUUAGAUAAAGUAAAUCAUAAUCUUAAACUCAAAGAAUAAAAAUUGAUGAAUUAGAUUAGAUUGACAAUAAGAAUAAUAACAAUCCUUAAUUUGUAUCUGCAUAUGCUAAAGAUAUUUAUAAAUAUUGCAGAAGUAAGGACAAAGCACUUGAUCACACUUAUAUCGACAAACAAAUAGAAAUCAAUUAUAAAAUGAGAUCAAUACUCAUAGAUUGGCUAGUUGAUGUACAUUACAGAUUUAAUUUGGUUUCAGAUACUUUAUACUUAACUAUUUACAUUAUUGAUGCAUAUUUAUAAUCAAUUCAAAUAUCAAGGAAUAAAUUUCAAUUGCUUGGAGUGUCUGCUCUAUUCAUUGCAUCUAAAUAUUGUGAGAUCUACCCUCCAAAACUAAACUAUUACUCAGAUGUCACAGACAAAACCUACACAAAAGAAGAGAUAUUAGAAAUGGAGGGUAAAAUAUUAAUGUAAUUGCAAUUUGAAAUUUGUUUUACGAAUUAGCAUUAAUUCUAUGAGAGAUAUCAACAAUUAGUAUAAUUAGAUUAAAAGUCAUACUAAUUAGGAAAAUAUAUUCUCGAAUUAAUGCUGUUGGAUCAUAAGUUUAUUUAAUACAACCCAAGUUUACAAGCAGCCAGUGUACUAUAUUUGGUGUAAAAGAUUUAUAAAAAGUAUAGAAAUUAAAUACAUUAAUAGAUCUUAAAAUUGUUGGCCUACUUAUUUAGAAAUACAUUCACAAUAUACUGAGAGUUAAAUUAGGCCAGUGGCAAAAGAAAUUUGUUAACAAUUAUGCCAAGCAAAAAUUAUGUCAUUAUAAGCAAUACAAAGAAAAUAUAGUUCACCAAAAUUUCAAGAAGUCUCUAAUAUUUAAAUUCAAUAUAAAUGA